AUGGCUUCCUUUAGCUUCCUAGUGUUUCUUCUUGUUACUCUAACCGUCAUCUCUAAAGGGCUUGCAAACUUUAGUCGAACUCGAAUUAUCCCCAAUCACCCUUUUUAUUAUAGACCACCACCAACCGAGAAGCCCCCGUUAUACGGACCAUCAAUUGGGAAGACCCCAGGAUACAUAUCAAUAGUACCGCAACCAUCACCUAUUAACAGGACACCAAUUUAUAGAACACCGGUAGAGAAGCCACCUGCAUACAAGCCACCAGCUGAAAAACCUCCAAUUCAUUAUAGGCAACGGGUAGGAAAACAACCUCCGUACAAUCCUCCAAUUGAGAGCCCUCUUAUUUAUAAGCCAUACCCGCCACCAACUUAUAAGCCAUAA